ACAGGAAACAGCAAGCCAUUUCAGACAGCAGAAACUUGGCCUUUAAACUCUCUCUCUCUCUUUUUCUCGUAAUCUCUCUCAAAAUAUCUACUGGGCCUCUUAUAUGUUUGUUUGUUUUUUUUGCAAGUCUGCAUGUUUCCCAAAUGACCGCCUAACUCAAAGCCUCUCUAUUUCAACUCAGAAGCUGCCUGGCCUGCCGAAAUGGACUCAGGUGCAGCCCCAGACAGUCUGUCUGCGAACCCCAGCGAACGCGGUCAGAACAUGGGGAGCGCAGGGGUACCAGAGGGCAUCCCGGGGUCAAGCGGGACCCCGGAGGACAGAAGCUCAGCGGCACCCCCCACAGGGCAGUCGCCCGCGGAGAUUGUGAUGGGAGUGGCAGGAAUGGGUGUCCCCUCUGACCCCCCUCACGGAGGUGCCUCACACCUCACGGACGAUCCCCCGCCCUACACCCCACCGGACCCCAAAAUGGCCUACCUCAUUUACCCGCCCCCAUCGCCCCACUAUUCGGGACAGCCAGUCAUCGCCUGCCAGCCAGGACCCAACCAGCCUGCCUUCUACCAGCCGCAGUUCAUGCCCUCCCCAGCCUACCCCCCCUACACCAUUUAUAUGAACGGUCCUCCGCUGAACCAGGAUCAGACGCCCCUGCCUAAGGACUACCUGGUGGAGUCCCUGCUGGUCACCAUCUUCUGCUGUCUGAUGAGCGGUCUCAUCGCCCUCAUGUACUCUUACGAGACACGUGCUGCCCUGUCCCGUGGAGACAUCAGGGAGGCGGAGCGGGCCUCCCAUAGGGCCCGACUGCUGGUCCUCUUCAGCCUGCUGUUUGGGGUCUUCGUGUGCGUGGGCUGGGUUAUAUACGUGGUGGUGGCCGUCUGCGCCUAACGACACCAGGAGGGGUAUGGUUUGCGUCCCUUUCCAGGCAGCCUCUCCCCCGCCAACCUGGUCUAUCCCUCCACUUGAGCACCAUCCUUGCCGGGACGGUCCCAGUGCCCCCUAACUUCAGUUUCUCAUGUACACUUGUAUAGCUAACAUGGAGACACACGACUGUAAAACGCUGUUACGAAAUGUGUAUUCUAUGACAGCUUGUAAAAAAAAAGUAGCACUUGUUGUAUGUAUAUAGAGGGAUGUGUGCAUUGGCAAGGACAGAACCUGUUACCAAAUCCACAUUUUCCACUGAGCUCAACACCUAGUGGAACCUUUUUAAGAAGAAUAAUGCUGCAACUGGAAGUCCUUCUCGUCACUAUUUUAUCAAAUCUGUUUGGCACUUAUUUGAAAACUCCUGAUUAAGCACUUAUUGUCACCUGUAAGUAGUUCAGAUUCAGGCACUGUUAUUUCGUUACUAGGAGAGGCCGCCGUAAGCGUCGGUCGCGCCGCCAUCUUGAGAUUAGUUCCUUUGAUUGUUAAAAAAAAAAGCUAUAAUUAGUACUGCCAUUUCAUUAAUUUUCAAUUUUGUUUUAAUUAUCUCCGUUUUCUGAAAAUAUUAGCAACACAAAGCGUAUGUUACAAUGUGACAGGACAAAUAUUCUAAUAAA